AGAGGACAUCCGUUAAUUGAUCAGAUGAUCCAGCAGCAGAGACCAGAAUCUCCUGGACCUGAACCCAGCUGUCUGUCCUUGAAGAGCGACUGGUCACAUGACCGUGGCAUUGAUUUUAAAAGAGGACAUCCAUCAACUGAUCAGAUGAAACAGCAGCAGAGACCAGAAUCUCCUGGACCUGAACCCAGCUGUGUGUCCUUUAAGAGCGACCAGUCGAAGGACUUUUUCAUUGAAUUUAAAGGAGGACAUCCAUCUGCUGAUCUUUUAGUGGACCAGGAGAGCUCAGAGGUUCCCAGUGGUCAGUCUGCCCAGCAGCAUCAAACACAGCUGGACUCCAUAUUUAUGCUGCUGGAGGAGAACAUCGUCACUUUUGUGAAGAAUGAGUUGAAGAAGAUGCAGAAGGUUCUGAGUCCAGAUUACCCAGAAUGCUUAGAGAAUCAGAGGGAGGAUGAGGAGGCAUUGGACUGUGAGGAGGAAAAGCAGAGGAGGAGCAGCACAGAUGCAUUUCUGAAGAUCACACUGCACUUCCUGAAGAGAAUGAAACAGGAGAAGCUGGCUGACCAUCUGCAGAGAAGAACUCCUACUGGCAGGUGUCGACGUAAACUCAAGUCUAACCUGCAGAAGAAGUUCCAGUGUCUGUUUGAGGGCAUCGCUAAAGCAGGAAAUCCAACCCUUCUGAAUGAGAUCUACACACCGCUCUACAUCACAGAGGGAGGGACUGCAGAGGUCAAUGAUGAACAUGAGGUCAGACAGAUUGAAACAGCAUCCUGGAAACCAGACAGAGCAGAAACAACAAUCAGACAAGAAGACAUCUUUAAAGCCUCACCUGGAAGAGAUGAACCAAUCAGAACAGUGAUGACAAAGGGAGUGGCUGGCAUUGGGAAAACAGUCUUAACACAGAAGUUCACUCUGGACUGGGCUGAGGACAAAGCCAACAAGGACAUACACUUCACAUUUCCAUUCACUUUCAGAGAGCUGAAUGUGCUGAAAGGGAAAAAGUACAGCUUGGUGGAACUUGUUCAUCACUUCUUUACUGAAACCAAAGAAGCAGGAAUCUGCAGAUUUGAAAAGUUCCAGGUUGUGUUCAUCUUUGACGGUCUGGAUGAGUGUCGACUUCCUCUGGACUUCCACAACAAUGAGAUCCUGACUGAUGUUACAGAGUCCACCUCAGUGGAUGUGCUGCUGACAAACCUCAUCAGGGGGAAACUGCUUCCCUCUGCUCAUGUCUGGAUAACCACACGACCUGCAGCAGCCAAUCAGAUCCCUCCUGAGUUUGUCGGCAUGGUGACAGAGGUCAGAGGGUUCACUGACCCACAGAAGGAGGAGUACUUCAGGAAGAGAUUCAGAGAUCAGAAACAGGCCAGCACCAUCAUCUCCCACAUCAAGACAUCACGAAGCCUCCACAUCAUGUGCCACAUCCCAGUCUUCUGCUGGAUCAGUGCUACAGUUCUGGAGGAUGUGUUGAAAAGCAGAGAGGAAGGAAAGCUGCCCAAGACUCUGACUGAGAUGUACAUCCAUUUCCUGGUGGUUCAGACCAAACUGAAGAAUAUCAAGUAUGAUGGAGGAGCUGAGACGGAUCCACACUGGAGUCCAGAGAGUGUGAAGAUGAUUGAGUUUCUGGGAAAACUGGCUUUUGAGCAGCUGCAGAAAGGCAACCUGAUCUUCUAUGAAUCAGACCUGACAGAGUGUGGUAUCGAUAUCAGAGCAGCCUCAGUGUGCUCAGGAGUGUUCACACAGGUCUUUAAAGAGGAGAGAGGGCUGCACCAGGACAAGGUGUUCUGCUUCGUCCAUCUGAGCGUUCAGGAGUUUCUGGCUGCUCUUCAUGUCCAUCUGACAUUCGUCAAAUCUGGAGUCAAUCUGCUGGAAGAACAAACAACAUCCCAGAAGUCUGAAACAAGAAAAGAUGAAACUUCAGACGAAAGUAAUUUCUACCAGAGUGCUGUGGACAAAGCAUUGCAGAGUCCAAAUGGACACCUGGACUUGUUCCUCCGCUUCCUCCUGGGUCUUUCACUGCAGACCAAUCAGAGUCUUCUACAAGGUCUGCUGAUACAGACAGGAAGUAGCUCACAGACCAAUCAGCAAACAGUCGAGUACAUCAAGAAGAAGAUCAAUGAGAAUCUGUCUGCAGAGAGAAGCAUCAAUCUGUUCCACUGUCUGAAUGAACUGAAUGAUCGUUCUCUAGUGGAGGAGAUCCAACGGUACCUGAGUUCAGGACGUCUCUCCACAGAUGAACUGUCUCCAGCUCAGUGGUCAGCUCUGGGCUUCAUCUUACUGUCAUCAGAAAAAGAUCUGGAUGUGUUUGACCUGAAGAAAUACUCUGCUUCAGAGGAUGCUCUUCUGAGGCUGCUGCCAGUGGUCAAAGCCUCCAACAAAGCUCUGUUGACUGGCUGUAACCUAUCAGAGAGAAGCUGUGCAGCUCUGUCCUCAGUUCUCAGCUCCCAGUCCUCUAGUCUGAGAGAUCUGGACCUGAGUAAUAACAACCUGCAGGAUUCAGGACUGAAGCAGCUGUCUACUGGACUGAAAAGUUCAUGUUGUACACUGGAAACUCUCGGUCUGUCAGGAUGUCUGAUCACAGAGGAAGGCUGUGCUUCUCUGGCCUCAGCUCUGAGCUACAACCCCUCCCAUCUGAGAGAGCUGGACCUGAGCUACAAUCAUCCAGGAGACUCAGGAGAGAAGCUGCUGACAGCUCGACUGGAGGAUCCAAAGUGGGGACUGGAUACUCUCAGGCUGCAGCCUGCUGGAGUCCGAUGGUUGACACCAGGUCUGAGGAAGUAUUUCUGUGAACUCACACUGGAUCCAAACACAGCAAACAGAAAACUCAAACUGUCUGAUAACAACAGGAAAGUGACACAUGUGAAGGAGGAUCAAUCAUAUCCUGAUCAUCCAGACAGAUUUGAUCACUGGGAACAGCUGCUGUGUGGAAAUGAUCUGACUGGUCGCUGUUACUGGGAGGUCGAGUGGAGAGGAAGAGUUUACUUAUCAUUGACUUACAGAGGAAUCCGAAGGAGUGGAGACAGUGAUGAUGGUGUGUUUGGACUAAACGAUCAGUCCUGGAGUCUGUGGUGCUCUGAUGGUGGUGGUUACUCUGCCUAUCACAAUAAGAAAGGAACAACCAUCUCCUCCUCCUCCUCCUCCUCCUCCUCCACCUCCUCCUCCUCCUCCUCCUCUGUCUCUGACAGAGUAGCAGUGUAUGUGGACUGUCCUGCUGGCACUCUGUCCUUCUACAGAGUCUCCUCUGACACACUGAUCCACCUCCACACCUUCAACACCACAUUCACUGAACCUCUGUAUGCUGGGUUUAUGUUCUGCCGGUCUGGUUCCUCAGUGUCUCUGUGUCCUCUACAGGAAGGAGAGUCUCCUCCUGCUCUUCUGAGGCUGCUGCCAGUGGCCAAAGCCUCCAACAAAGCUCUACUGACUGACUGUAACCUCUCAGAGAGAAGCUGUGCAGCUCUGUCCUCAGUUCUCAGCUCCCAGUCCUCUAGUCUGAGAGAUCUGGACCUGAGUUACAACAACCUGAAGGAUUCAGGUGUGAAGCAGCUUUCUGUUGGACUGGAGAGUCCACUCUGUACACUGGAAAGUCUCAGUCUGUCAGGAUGUGUGAUCACAGAGGAAGGCUGUGCUUCUCUGGCCUCAGCUCUGAGCUCCAACCCCUCCCAUCUGAGAGAGCUGGACCUGAGCUACAAUCAUCCAGGAGACUCCGGAGAGAAGCUACUGUCUGCUGGAUUAGAGGAUCCACACUGGAGACUGGACACUCUCAGACUUAAUGGCUGUAACCUCUCAGAGAGAAGCUGUGCAGCGCUGUCCUCAGUUCUCAGCUCCCAGUCCUCUAGUCUGAGAGAUCUGGACCUGAGUAACAACAACCUGCAGGAUUCAGGAGUGAAGCAGCUUUCUGCUGGACUGGAGAGUCCACACUCUACACUGGAAACUCUCAGACUGACUGACUGUAAGCUCUCAGAGACAAGUGUUAAAGCUCUGUCCUCAGUUCUCAGCUGCCAGUCCUCUAAUCUGAGAGAGCUGGACCUGAGUAACAACAACCUGCAGGACUCAGGAGUGAAGCAGCUUUCUGCUGGACUGGAAAGUCCACACUCUACCCUGGAAGCUCUCAGUCUGUCAGGAUGUCUAAUCACAGAGGAAGGCUGUGCUUCUCUGGCCUCAGCUCUAAACUCCAACCCCUCCCAUCUGAGAGAGCUGGACCUGAGCUACAAUCAUCUAGGAGACUCAGUGGAGAAGCUGCUGACUGCUGGACUUGAGGAUCCACACUGGAGACUGGACACUCUCAGGCUGCAGCCUGCUGGAGUCCGAUGGUUGACACCAGGUCUGAGGAAGUAUUUCUGUGAACUCACACUGGAUCCAAACACAGCAAACAGAAAACUCAAACUGUCUGACAACAACAGGAAGGUGACAAAUAUGGAGGAGGAGGAUCAGUCAUAUCCUGAUCAUCCAGACAGAUUUGAUGUCUGUCCUCAGCUGCUGUGUAGAAAUGAUCUGACUGGUCGCUGUUACUGGGAGGUCGAGUGGAGAGGAGGAGUUUUUAUAUCAGUGACUUACAGAGGAAUCAGCAGGAAAGGAGUUAGUUCGAACUGUGUGUUUGGAAGGAAUGAUCAGUCCUGGACUCUGUUCUGCUCCGAUGGUCGUGGUUACUAUGUCUGUCACAGUAACAGAGAAACACCCCUCCCCUCCUCUUCCUCCUCAUCCUCUGUCUCUAACAGAGUAGCAGUGUAUGUGGACUGUCCUGCUGGCACUCUGUCCUUCUACAGAGUCUUCUCUGACACACUGAUCCACCUCCACACCUUCAACACCACAUUCACUCAGCCUCUGUUUGCUGGGUUUACAGUCAGGCAGUCUGGUUCCUCAGUGUCUCUGUGUCCUCUACAGGAAGGAGAGUCUCCUCCUGUUAGAGAAACUUUUUCACUGUUGACCAGAUAGUUCAGUCUGUACAGGAUCACACACAGCUGAUGGUCUCACUGGUUGUAAAUGUAAAAAUGUGGA